CGAGGUCGAGAUUUGUGCGGCGAGGGUAUUCUGGAUUUUUAUACGACGGAGUGGGACUCUUAUCGAUUUAGUUCCAAAGUGGUCGGUGGAAUCUUCAGCUACCUCAAUCGUCACUGGAUCAAGCGUGAACUGGACGAAGGAAAUGAUGACAUCUAUGAAGUCUAUGUUCUAGCAAUCGUGACAUGGAAGGAGCAUUUAUUUGUUCACCUACGCUCAAAUAUUACCGCUGCCAUGUUGAUGCUGAUUGAGCGGGAGCGAAAUAGCGAAAAGAUCAACAGAAAACUGAUCAGUGGUGUAAUUCAGAGCUACGUGGAACUGGGCGUGAAUGAAACGGACACGUCAACAACGGCCUCGAGCUCUCCAGCGGUUCCACAAGUCGAUCGUUUGCCCAAAUUGCGUGUCUAUCGUGAGCAUUUUGAAAAGCAUUUCAUCGCUGAAACCGAAAGCUAUUAUGCAACCGAAGCGGCUGAUUUUAUUGCCACAAAUCCGGUUACCGAAUACAUGAAAAAGGUGGAAAUUCGUUUGAAGGAAGAAAAAGAGCGCUGUGACUUGUAUCUUCAUGAAUCAACACAGGAACUUUUGGCGAAAACUUUGGAGAAAGUACUAAUUUCCAAGCAGCUGGAGUUGUUUCAAAACGAGUUUGGGAAUUUGCUUGAAUCGAACAAGGAUUCUGAUUUGGAGCGUAUGUAUAUGCUUUGUGAUCGUGUUGAAAAUGGCCUGGAUGAACUGAGAUUGGCGCUGCAACGACAUAUCGCUCGCCAGGGUGAGAUGGCACUCGAUAAGAUUGUGGAUGUUGCGAUUAAUGUGAGUUCUCUUAUAAUUUUUCAUGAUUUCGUAAUUUCUUUUUUCAAAAAGUUGCGCGGAAUUCUCAUCAGCUACUAA